UUUACAUUAUGGAGACAACGUUGAACUGCAGUGCUCUGUGCAGCUCUGUGGACUGUACCAUCGAUCCAGCCAUGAACACAGAAGAUGGGCAGCGACUCCUACAACAGCUAUGUAAUAUCCAAGUAAAUGUAAUGUCUGAAGUCAAAACUAUCUCCCCUGUAUUAUUUGGAAUCAUGUGCACCUUAUUAUCAUGUGGGAUUCUGUUAGCACUUUUCUUUCUUAUCUUCACCAUCAAAUUCAAAAACAACAGGAUUGUGAAAAUGUCCAGUCCAAACCUCAACAUUGUAACAAUUAUUGGAAGUGUUUUCACUUAUGUCAGUGGAUACAUGUUCGGGAUUGUGGAAGGAAAAACAGCUGCAGUGGAAAUAUCAGUCGAGCUGAUUUUCCAGAUUCGCAUAUGGAUGCUCUGCAUAGGAACCUCAUUGAUAUUUGGCCCCAUAUUGGGAAAGACGUGGCGACUGUAUAAAGUUUUCGUUCAGCGUGUCCCAGAGAAGAGAGUGAUUAUCAAAGACAUUCAGUUAUUGGGGCUGGUAGCUGGAGUGAUUGGGUUGGAUAUUCUGAUUCUGGUGACGUGGGGCAUUGCUGACCCACUUCAGUGUAUGCAAUCUUUAAAUGCAGGAAUGAGGGCAAUUGAAAAAGAUCUUUCCUACUCUAUCACAAUCAUGAAAUGUUGCGUUUCUCGUUACACAGACAUCUGGAUCAUUCUUAUUUCACUCCUAAAGGGAAGUCUUCUACUAUAUGGCACAUAUCUAGCUGGUUUAACCAGCAAUGUCAGCUCUCCCCCUGUAAACCAGACUGUCACCAUCAUGGUGGGAGUUUAUUUGAACAUGUUCACUGCAGGAAUAAUUAUUCCCAUUACCAGAUUCUUGAGUUCCUGGCCCAAUCUUUCGUAUGGUAUCACCUCUGGGGGAAUCUUUGUAUGUACCUCAACCAUCAACUGUCUCAUCUUCCUCCCACAGGUCAGACAGUGGAAGCAAUUGGAGGAAGAAUUGAGCCACACUCCAAAUCAGAUGGCCAAAUAUUUCAACAGUCCAAGCAAGAGCUUUCGUUCCAUGUACAGCGAUGACCAGAUCUAUUACCUGCUUGGAGAAAAUAACUCCAUGAAGCGACUCCUUACUGAGAAAAAUGCAGUAAUUGAAAGUCUACAGGAACAGGUUAAUAACGUAAAGGAUAAGUUGAUGCAUUUAAUGGCACCAGAUUGCCCUGAAGAGCUGAUGGGUCACAUUUCCACAUCAGAAUCCAGGACAGCACACCACCCUUUGAUUAAUUCUGAGGUCAAAUGUCACAACAUAGCAACAGAAGAUCCAGCAAGCGAGAAGCUUUUAUCAGACGUACAGGACAAUCUAGAUCAGACCCUUGGUUCACAUCAAGAUCUUAACCUUCUGUCGAUACAGAGUAAUUUACAACAAAUCAUAGGGGAUGCUAAGAAUGCCUCAGACAGAGCUCUGCAUUCUCAGAAGGGGCCAGAAUAUGACAUAGAUUAUCAAAGUUUUCAUAGAGACAAUCCAAACCAUUUAGGACUGCCAGAAAACCCUGAGAAUAGUAUUGAAUUUUUCCCAAAAUCAUGUGAUACCUUGGAAACGGCCCCAGAAAUUCAGAUCAACAUAGAUGACUGUGUGAAAAUGACACAGCAAUCCACAGGUGAAAUCCUGGUCUCUUCUGCAAUCCAUCCAUCAAUUAGAUCCAGGUCAGUUGAAUGUCCUUCUGUCAGAGAUCAAACAAAAGUGAUCAAAAACAAUUAUGUGAGCAGUGAGAAACUGCAAGAGAUUCUACAGGAGCUAAAUGUUAAUGCUGUCAGCUCAAUCAGUUCACCAGGCAGACCAAGACGAAUCCCACAGAAUUCUCCGCUUGAACAGUGUACUAGGACAGCAGAGCAAUUAAAACAUUACUAUCAUAGUAUUUCUCCAUAUAUGAUGAGACGAAGGAGGCCACCUUUUUAUUCAAAAAGGGGUACACCUCCUCCCUAUUAUUUUCUACACUCAACAACUCGACAUACCAAGUGUAUGGUUAAUAAAGACUUAAACAGGGAUACAAUAACUACUGACACUAGUCAACUGCAGAGCAAUCACCACAAAAGAUUAACAGAUGAAAAUGGGUCUACCAGUCUCUCAGCAACUUCAAGCUCAAUGAAGAAAAUGAAUGUACUGUCUGACAGCUAUCAACCAUCUGGCAAAACAGACCAAAGCAAUAGUUAUGUCUACUGUCCUGCUUUAGAAGGAAAAUAUAUUAUGAAGCCCUAUUCAGGCCUGUACUUUAAGAAAGCACACCUAUCCUCCGAAGAAAUUGAAGUAGCUGGUAAAGACGGACCUUUUCAAACAUACCAGUAUGAUUAUUCAGACUCUGAAUCGAGUAGCUCAGAUGAAACUUUUUGCUGUUACCACAGGUCAUGUUGUGAAGGAUGCUGUCGGGGUUCAUACAAUUCCAGUACUUCUGAAACUACAGAUAGUGAGCAAUGUAAUCCGUCAUUCAAUUGGUCACAAAAACAUUUUCGUAACCACCCAAUUGUUAAUUUUAAAGAGGACUUAAAACCUACAUUUGUAUGAUCAAUUCAAAGAGCUUGGAACAUUUUCAA